UUUGCCACUCUGUACCUGCCUGAACUGUCUACAGUUCACUUUAUGCUCGGGUCAGAUACCCUUUCUCUCUAUCACAACCUUUCAGCUCCAUCCAGCCGGCCGCUUCCUUUACUCCACGCAGCCAUGAGGACCACUGGGGUCGCCGUUGUCAUGGUGAUGUUGUGCGGGAUGAUGGUGCACGCAGACGUGAAGCCGCAGAGAGAUUUCAACCUGCAGAGGUUUGCUGGAAAAUGGUACCGGGUGGGCCUGGCCUACGACUCUCCACAUUUUGCCCCCUUCAGAGACAAACUGAAGGCCUCCAUGGGCUUGGUCACAGCUCUGCCAAACGGCAACGUCAACCUCACCAUGUGGGAUGCCACACCGUUACGUUGUCAGAUGAAAGUGUACCACUAUGAGAAGACCAACGUUCCUGGACAGUUCACCUACUUCAGCACACGCCACAACAUGGUGAAAGACAUCACAGUGGUGGACACAAAUUACACUGAAUAUGCUGUGGUGCUCAAACACAAGGUUUUUCACAGAGAGUACACACAGGUGGCACUUUACGGUCGUUCUACAGCAGUCAGUGCUGAUGUAAUUCAGAAGUUUAAAACCUUUGCCAUGCACCAGGGAUUCCCCAGAGAGUCGAUUCUGACUCCACCUGCAGCAGAAAACUGCCCACCAUCAAGAUCUGGUUAGGUUCCCUGAUGUGCCUGAGAUGAUGGUGGCGUGCAACUCUUGAUGUCUUGCUCCAGCUCUGCGUUCGCCAGUUCAAUUUUUGUAGGGAUUUCAAAGAAUUCCUUCUCAGCAAACAUCAUCAUUCAGGCUAUAAGGAUAACAAAAAGCAAAUAUUACAGAUGAAAUUUAAGCAGCAUCCUCUUUUAUGUGGUGUUUCUCAUUAUUUCUAUAGUUUUGCUGCGCUGACAUAGAAAAAUAAAUCAUUAUUAACCCCCUGGCUCUGGAAAUAAUUUCUUUCUUUUUUUCCUAAUAACCAAACUUUGUUGUUUUUUGUUUUUUUUUUUCACUGGGAUCGGACAGUUUAACUGAAUUACAUUCUGAGUUUUGAGUGUUAACCGCCUGAUUGUAAUCGAUUGUGCUGUUUUACAGUGCUGACAGAGUCAAAUAAACAAUAUUUACCUUCA